AUCGAAGGCGCUUUUUUCGGAUCCGCCAUGUUUUCCCGCGGAGCUGGACGGGGGAAGGCUGCCUUGAAGCAGAUCGUGGAAGGCGCGGCCCAAGCGAAGAAGGGACGGCAUCAGGCGAAGAGGCAGAGGAAGGUUGUCCAAGCCGUGCCCGCUGGCAGUGCGCGAGACGUUGUGGAGGAGGCUGUGGUGGAGGAAGAGAUGACGAACGACGCCGACGACUUUGAAGACGACGACGAUGAACCACUGCAGAGGAAGGCGAGGGAAGGGGCCGCCUCGCAUGAGACUGCGCAACGCGUGCUUGCGCCUUUGAAUCGCCUCCGAACCCCGACUGCAGACGUGGCGGGGAGUUCCCAAGCAGUGGUUGAAGGUGGGACGUUGCGAUUUCCCGCGGUUGCGGCGCGCGGUGGCGUUGUGGCGGUCUCGGGAGAGGCGGUUGAAGUCCCGAAGGGAGGAGAUGGCACGGCGGACGGGAAAGACGAUGAGGCUCUGGUGCACAGGCUGCGCGGGCAACGAGCGGCGACACAUGCGAUGGAUGCCGCUGCCAAACUUUGGGAGGAUGACAACAGAUUCUGGAACGACAGGCAAGGGAGUGCCAUAGUGAGGAUAAUCCAAGAAGCGUGGGCGUAUCUCGUGGCCGUGGCGCGGGGAGUGCAGCCUCCGGCUAUUCGACAGAGCAUCUCCCUUCCACACAACUCCAUCCCCCAACACAAAAUCGAGGACGAGUCGGAGCUGAACGCGGCGAAAGAGAGGGCGUUGAAAGUGCAGACAAUCUCCCUCAGGGCGAUCCACAGUUGGGUCUUCAAGUCGGAGAGCAGGCAAAGGGGGUAUCACUUGGCAUACCAAUACUCGUUGAAUCACGCUGCCACGGACAUCGCUAGAGCAAUGUGGUCAGCAGAGGACUGGUGCAGUUUGGUGAGCCCAAUGUUGUUCCGUACCACAUUGGACGUAGACAUGAAGUUGCCUUUGUGGUUCGUGGGCGUGAACAUAGUGGACAGGCACGAGGACGAUGAGUGCGCGGCUUACCAGGAAGCUUGUGUCCAGCGUCUGGUGCAGGAUUUCACAAGCGCAGUUGGCACGACAGAAGCUAUGGACGGCGGUCAAAUGUCGUACGAGGGUCUGAAGGGGAUGGCAGAGGCGAUGAGGUAUUUGCUCGCCGCCACGAUGUGGAUUAUGCGAAUGGCGGGGGACGAUCCGAGAUCGCAUUACGACGCUUGGGUUUUCGUUCAACUGACGGCGAAGACGGCGCUGCCGGCGUCCAUAAACCGGCAGUUCGACGCCCACCGACACAUCACGCAAUCCGCGCAGGUCAUGACGGACAAGUUGGGAAGACCGCCUCUGACCUUCGCCGCCCCACCUGCGUACAUCCCCCAUUGGGCGUCUAAGUGCGGGGUCACUUUCUCGCACGACGCCACGUUGGCCUCCCCGAUGGAGGCGAAACAGUUGGAUUGGCAGGGGACAGGUCCCCCCGAGGACGAUGACAACGACGCCGAAGGCGAUGACAAAGGCGAGGGGGGGUGACGCGUAGACGACGGUGAUGGCGACGGCGAGGAGGGGAUGAUGCGCAGGCCCUGUUGAGAUGGCAGGUACAAGAGAAUGGGGGGAGGGGGUGUUUUAGGGGGGGGUUCUUCGGGGGGCGGGACGCGGGAGGGCUCACAGGGGAGAAAGGGUUUGUGGCAUCGUUUAUGACUGUGUUCGGGGCAAGACGCCAUGAGCGUGCGGGGUUUGUUUGAGUACCGUGGGAGCGAUCGUCGUACAACUGUUGUUUUCUGGUCGUUGAUGACUGUGUUCGGGGCAGGACGCCAUGUGGAAGUCUUAUUGCCAACUUUUUUUUUUUUUCGCUGGAUUUCGGCAUGCCACUGUUCAGAGGUGGCAUGCGUAGUAGAAGGUGUGCAUUGGUAGCGCAACGAAAAUUCUUAAUGGGUGAUGUUCUUUUUUAUCUUCGCAACGAUGUAUGGUCUUCUUUUUUCAUUCCAUCCAUCACUUCUUUUUUUUAUUUAUUUUUGGAAAACGCAUGCACGACGGGUGCGGUUUCAUCUCUCAUUGUCUAUUGAAUGUUCGUGGCAACAAAGCAAUGCGUCAUGG